CAGUAGUUCUAAUGUAACCUCAUGGGGGAUAAUAGUAAUUGCUCUUUACCUUUACUACUAUCAAACUUUCUACGCUCUGAAAAUGCCCUGCCCUGUCAACCUAAAUCCCCACCGUCCAUUUCAAAUAUCAGGUACAAUUCCCGCCAAUUCCUUCUCCAGGGCAAUAACUAACCAACCCCAGUCUAAACAAUGCCGUUGCCUCCCGAAACGACGAAAAUUCUCCUCGCAACUCUUUCAAAAUCCCUCAAACUCACCGCAACAAGGAAAUUUCUUCAAGGUGGAAAACAAGUAUAUACACAUUUAAUAAAAUUAGGGUUUCACAACGAGUUGUCUUUCCAAAAUCAGAUUCUGAAUGUCUAUGUUAAAUGCAAAAAAUUCCACGAUGCAUAUAAACUGUUUGAUGAAAUGACUGUGAGAAAUUUGGUCACUUGGAAUACUGUAAUUUGUGGACUUGUUGACUGUGGUAGUGAUUACCAACCAAGUCUCUACAUGGGUUUUACAUUUUUUAAGAGAAUGAUGCUUGAUAAGGUAGGUUUCGAUCCUAUAACGUUGAACGGUUUGUUCCGCGCUUGUCUUGAGUUAAAUCGAGUCGACAUUGGGAGACAAAUGCAUUGUUUAGUAUUGAAAAAUGGAUAUGAGUUGAGCUGUUUUAUCAGUAGUGCUCUUGUUGAUUUGUAUGGAAAAUGUGGACUGAUAAUCGAGGCCAGGUGUGUUUUUGAUAGAGUAUUGUACAAGGAUUUGGUGCUGUGGAAUGUGAUGUUGUCUUGCUAUGCAUUUAAUUCAUUGGCAGUAGAGGCUUUGGGAGUCUUUCAAUUGAUGCAGCUGGAAAAUUUGACAGGGGAUGGUUUUACUUUUUCUAGUUUGCUCAAUUCGUGUGCAAUUUUGGGUUCUUGGGGACUAGGCGAGCAAAUUCACUGUUUAGUUUUCAAAUUAUCUUUUGAUUUAGAUGUUUUAGUUGCUAGUGGACUUGUUCAUAUGUAUGCAAAGAACGAAAACGUAGACGAUGCUCGCAUGGUUUUUGAUGCCAUGGCUGUUAAAAAUGUAGUUUCUUGGAAUACUAUGGUAGUGGCUUAUGGGCAUCAGGGAGAUGAUAAGGAGGCUAUUAAACUUCUAAAAGAAAUGCUGCGGGAGGAUUUUGCUCCAGAUGAACUUACUCUAGCUAGCGUCCUUAGCUCAUGCGGCAAUGCGUCAGCUGAUUUUGAAAUUAUGCAAGUUCACAUUUAUGUAGUGAAAUUUGGGUUUCAGUCCUUUCUAUCAAUUGGAAAUGCCAUGAUAAAUGCAUAUUUUAAAUGUGGUAGAACUGCUAGUGCACUUGCAUCCUUUGGCUCAGUUUCAGAGCCUAAUCUUGUUACAUGGACUUCCCUUAUCAGUGGUUAUGCAUUCAGUAGUUUUCCAGAAGAUAGUAUCGCGAUGUUCGAGAAGAUGUUAUCUGCCGGUAUAAGCCCAGACUCAAUUGCUUUUCUAGGUGUUCUUUCUGCCUGUAGUCAUGCAGGGUUAAUAAAGAAAGGGCUCCAUUAUUUUGGUUUAAUGGUUAAACAUUAUCAUAUUUUUCCAAACGUAGAACACUAUGCUUGUCUCAUCGACCUUCUUGGUCGCGCUGGACUUUUGGACGAGGCUUUUAAUCUUUUAACCUCAAUGCCAAUUGACCACAGAGCAGACACCUUUGGAGCCUUCAUUGGGGCUUGUAAAAUACAUAGAAAUGUGGAAUUAGCUGAAUUGGCUUCAAAAAAGCUUCUAGAGUUGGAGCCAAAUAAUACUGUGAAUUAUGUUAUGUUGUCCAAUAUAUAUGCUUAUGAGGCUCGUUGGCAUGAUGCGGCAAGCAUGCGCAAACGAAUAAAGAACAAAUGUGAUUACAAAGUACCAGGCUGCAGCUGGACGGAACUUCAUGGCGCGGUACACAUGUUUGUGUCCGGUGAUAAAUGCCACCCUCCAGCUUCAGAGAUGUACUGCAUGCUAAGGAUAUUGUGGUGGCAAAUGGAUGUGAGCAUAGAGUGCUGAUUUUACUGUGAUCCGAACUCAAAGCUUGCUUUUCAUCAUUUUGAGAUUUCGGGUGAGCAAACAACCAGGAUUUUGACAGGGCUUUGAAUCAGAAUGCUACUGAAAAUAAAGAAACAUAAAGAAUAUAUGUUUGAAAUUGGAACAAAAGGAAUUCUCCAACUUAAUCAAUUGAGUGGAAACUAAUCCAACACUGUCUGAGUGGUAGUUAGUCCUUAGCCCUUAAUAAGCAUCAUGCGUAUAACUUCAAUAUGCAUAAUUUGUAUCAUCUAAUUGAACACUAAUUGCUUAAAGCAAAUCAUAUUUAAUUUUA